AUGGCGAGCCCUCACACUCCUCGAACAGCGCAGGGCUGCCACCGGAUACUGCUCUCCCUAAGCAUCAAAUACAACUUGGACCUGCCAACAAGCGACAAGAAGGGUACUCCUGCUCAACGAGAACGGACUUUAAGCGAGAAAUGUGUGGCUGGUCUGACAUAUCUCCAUUUCAAUGGACGCGCUGAGAAGGUCAUUGGCCUGUUUGAAAGCCGGGCCACGCCGAUGCUCUCAGAAUGGAUUCACAAACCAAACCAGGAUCGGGGAACUUUGCCCUCAAUUCCAUCCGCGUCUUUUAUCAAUGGCAGUGUGUUUGAGAAGUCGAAGAAUAUUUCUUUUGACCAGCGCACGCAAUUGCUCCGAUGUCUGCACGAAUUGAUAGACAGUGAGAUCCGAUUUCUUAAAAAGAAUACGGUCACGCCGGCAAAGGCAAAGGCAAUUGUAAAUGGAACACCGUCAGGAAGCCAGCUGAGGCAGUCGGGGCCUGCAAGGGCUACGACGCCGCCUCCUCCCAGGAUCCGUUCGUCAGGCCAUUCGCCCUCCAAACGAAAGUCGGCCCUUUACUCAAGCGAGGUAUUUAAAACUGACUCCAGUGCCCCCAUGCAUGGCCCCUAUCCCCUCCCGAGCCCUCCUUCCCUAGGGGAUGAAUUUGAUGAUGAUGACUUGGAUGGCCUCUUUCUACCAUUGAUCACAACUGAUGUUCCCGUCGAAACCCAGUCCUCCUCCGCUCAGAAAGGAAAGCAGCAGAAGCUCGAUAGGUAUUUCAAACCCAUCCGGUCGCCGCCUAUGGGAAAUGGCGAUCCUGGCAGCUCGUUCGACAACAAUGAUCCGUUUUCAACCCCGUCAAGACCAGCAAGGCAAACAAACGUUGAUCUGUUUAUGAGGGUUUCUAAGCCAGCAGCCACACAGAACACGUCUCCGAAUGCGGACAAAGUUGAUCCGGUGGACACUUUUUCGACGGUAGCGACGAGAGGUUUAGAGCGCUCGUCGUUUAUGGAGGGUACUAGCACCGUUGCUACAUCGUUUCAAAGCAACGUGGGGAAUUUGGGGCCUAAACCUGAUGCAGGACGAUAUCAAUUUGACGACGGGGCAUCGGAGAGUUCAACAGUAGCGCUACUCCAAAGUGAAGAAUUUCAAAAGCAACUCGCAAUGGAUUUACCACCAACACAAGUGGCAGAUCCAAUCGAGACGGAGGUGGAAGUAUUCGUUAACAAGCUGGAGUCAUUUGGCCCAUUCACACUCUCCAAAGGCGGCAAUUGGCCUAGUCAUAUACCCCUACGGUGCCGAUACGAAGUCGCAAGAGUUGCCCAAUCUCGGGGGGUUCUAAUUCAAGAUAUCCUCCCAGAUUAUCAACUUCCUAGCCAGGAUUAUGCGGCAUUCUGGGAGUUCAUCACUCGAGCAACUACCCGUGGGAGAAUCAGUUUACUUGAAAAAACCAAACCCACAGUCUGGGAAACAGCAGUCGGGAAUUUCGAAGACGCGGGUAGCUCAGAUAUGGUAACUUUGACCGGGGAGCUUGACUGGUGCCACAAAUCUGAACCUGGGUACCUGAAGUUUGCUUUGAAGCCUCUACGACUGGAAAGAGGCCAUCGAUUCGCUCGUCGAUUCGGAUCAGACCGUUUUAUGGAGAUCACGUUUCCUGCUUUAGUCAAAUCCCCCGAAUACCUCAAGAAUAAGGGAACCGUUGUGCUGCAAAGUAUCGCGACCUGGUUGGCCACACGCUCCCAUUAUAUUUUGGGAAGAACAUGGCGUGCGUUUUAUCUCGAGGAUGUAAAGUCCAAAAAUAAAAAGGAUGGCCCAAGGAGCAAAGUCCAUUUGUUUGCUGUUGAUGGAAGUGAUUUCCUCAAGGCACCGUCAACUAUCUCUCCUAUCGGCGAGGUGUCUCACCGGCACACUCCGAUGAGCGUGGAAGCGUUGGUUGACUGGCAUAUACCGUUCAAAUACAAUAAGCGGCAAAAAGACUGCAAGCUCUUCCAACGGUUAUCAUUAGCGCUGUCACGGACUAUACCUACUGUGGUCGUCAGGCCGGGACGGAUUGUACGGCGAAAAGACGCUGAGAUUGUCAUGAAUGACGGAUGCGCGCUGAUGUCUGCUUCCCUGGCCAAUGAGAUCAAAAGCUGCUUGGGUCUUAAAGACGAGAAUCCCUCUUGCUUUCAGGGCCGGAUUGCCGGUGCCAAAGGGAUUUGGAUGGUUGACAAUGCAGAUUCAAAUGGCGACUCCUGGAUAGAGAUCAGUGAUUCCCAACUCAAAAUCAAACCACACCCUUCCAAAUGCAAAAUUAUGCUUGACGAUUACCAGCUUACUUUUGAAGUUGUCUCAUGGUCUAGGGAGCUUCGCCCAGUGAACCUCAAUGUCCAACUUCUGAUGGUCUUGCAGCACGGUGGAGUCCAGACGGACCGACUCAAAGAGCUUGUCCGGCGGGAAUCAAGUGCCUGGUAUGCGGAUUUUAAGAACACCAUCACGAAUGAGAUUGUGUCCCGUGGCUGGAUCCAAAAGCAAGGCCUAUACGACAGGCGGAAGACCAGAAGGAUUGAUGACUUUCCGACGGAGAAUGCUGAACAGGCCAUCUUGCUCCUGGAUAGCGGGUUUCAUCCGCUAAGGUUAGCUUAUCUCAAAGAGCUUUUGACAACCUUCCUCAAAGACUAUUGCAACCGCCUUGAUAGUUUGAAAAUUAGGAUCCCCGAAUCCACUUAUGCCUAUUGCAUCGCGGACCCUUAUGAGGUCCUGGCAGAGGAUGAAGUGCAUUUCGGGUUUUCAAAGCCAUGGGAAUCUUAUGGGUAUACUGAUUUGGAUGGUGUGGACGUCCUGCUUGGCCGGAAUCCAGCUCAUUUGCCCAAUGACAUCCAGAAGCGACGGGCUGUGUUUAAAAAGGAACUCCGCCACUUCAAAGAUGUUAUUGUCUUUCCCACUGUGGGCAAAGUGCCACUUGCCGGGAUGCUUUCUGGAGGUGACUAUGAUGGUGACCAAGUGUGGGUUUGCUGGGACCCUGAGUUGGUGAAUACUUUCAUCAAUACACCCUUUGAACCUGAAAAGGUUCCAGAACCCCAUGAGUUUGGCCUCGUCAGUUGCUCCGAAAAGCUAAAGGAACCAUUUGAUUUUAAUGAAUUCCUAACAAAGGUCUUUGUUUUCAAUGCAGCACCUUCUCUUCUGGGCCAUUGCACCAAUGAGCACGAGAAGCUAUGCUAUUAUGAGAAUGGGAUUGCUUCACCAGGAGCAAUCCAACUAUCUCAUCUGCUUGGCCAUCUAGCUGACGUCCGGAAAACGGGCUAUGAAUUGAGACGUGAGACCUGGAAACAGCUAUGGAAGCAAGUGAGCAGUGAACUUGGUCCUCAUGGACUGAGAAAGCCGGCAUACAAACAAACACAGGCUGAAGAUGAUGGUCGUUAUAACAUGUAUAACAUCAUUGACUGUCUCAAGUUCGAGGUAGUCAGGGACGCAACCACCCAAAUUUUGACAGACUUUGAUCAAUUUUCCAAUAGCCAGGAACAGCCUUGUAAAGAUCGUGAUCUAACUGCCAUUUGGGACGAAACGUGGUUGCGCGCGCUGUCUGAAAGGGACAAUGGGAAUAGUGCCCUACUAGAAGCGCUUGAAAAGCUCAAAGCGCAGGUUACACGGCUCUCCGAGGAACGACCGUACCGAAACUGCGGCAAGCCACUCUCCACCGUCAUCUCGACGACCGCAGAUCUUUUCCAGAGCAUCAAGCCGCCCGAGUUCGAUCAUGAGCUGAGCCACACCUGGCGAAACUGGAAUCCCACGUGGCAGAUACUUGUGGCAUCCCGCGUCUACUAUUUCCGCUCUGAGAGUUACUUUCCCUGGUUUGCGGCCGGCCCGAUACUCUGUGAGAUCAAAGCCCGUGCGGUCGGGGCGUAUCGGAUGGUUACGAUGCCUGUUUAUGAGACCUUUCGGGUCAACCAGCGGGCUGCGAAGAGGGCGCAGGAGGCUUCGGAGAGUAGCCGUGAGGAGAUUGAGAAGAUGCUUGGGGAUUCGAAGGAGCUUGAGGGGGAUGAUGGAGAAGAUGAUUUUGAAGAUUGGAAGUCUUUUGUUUCUUGA